UGGAGAUAUAAUGUGUAAAUACAAAUUACUAAAAGGAGUAAUUUAAAAUAUUACUAUUAGUAAACGAAACCUCCGCUUUAUCUACUUUUCCGGCGAAUUGGAAGGGUUUUGAUCUCCUUGAGCAAAUCGGAGAUUCUUUCUACAGUUGUGCGAACGUUCUUAUAAUAAGUUUUUAGUUGAUCGAUCUCCGAUUUAGUGAACUAGGCGUCAUCUUAAGAACCCUAAUUUGUUUUCUCCGGUUGUGAAAACUUCUGUUGUUCGUCGUCGAAGGUCAGUUCGUGAUUCUGAGUUUGUACACCUUUUCGUUUCCUCUGUUGGCACUCGAAUUUUCCAGGAAGUGAAACUAGAAUUUGAUUCUGCGUAGUAUUGAACAUUAAGAUAAUGUCUGGAAGAAAUCGUGGACCUCCUCCUCCAUCAAUGAAAGGUGGAUCUUACAGUGGUUUACAAGCUCCGGUUCAUCAACCGCCUUUCGUUAGAGGCUUAGGAGGAGGACCAGUGCCUCCUCCUCCUCAUCCUUCUAUGAUUGAUGAUAGUAGAGAACCUCAAUUUAGAGUAGAUGCAAGAGGUCUUCCUCCACAAUUUUCGAUUCUGGAGGAUCGUCUCGCUGCUCAGAAUCAAGAUGUUCAGGGCUUACUCGCUGAUAACCAGAGACUGGCUGCGACUCAUGUUGCGCUUAAACAGGAGUUAGAAGUUGCUCAGCAUGAAUUGCAAAGAAUAAUGCAUUACAUUGAUUCCUUGAGAGCUGAGGAAGAGAUUAUGAUGAGGGAGAUGUAUGAUAAAUCUAUGCGAUCCGAAAUGGAAUUGCGUGAAGUCGAUGCUAUGCGAGCUGAGAUUCAAAAGAUCCGUGCGGAUAUCAAAGAGUUUACUUCAGGUAGACAGGAACUAACGAGUCAGGUUCACCUGAUGACUCAAGAUUUAGCUAGACUUACAGCAGAUUUGCAGCAGAUACCAACGUUAACUGCAGAAAUUGAGAACACAAAGCAAGAGCUGCAACGCGCAAGAGCGGCUAUUGAUUAUGAGAAGAAAGGGUACGCGGAAAACUACGAGCAUGGCAAAAUUAUGGAGCAUAAAUUAGUUGCAAUGGCUCGGGAACUGGAGAAGCUUCGAGCAGAGAUUGCUAACUCAGAAACGAGUGCUUAUGCUAAUGGUCCUGUUGGGAAUCCUGGUGGAGUUGCUUAUGGUGGUGGAUAUGGAAAUCCUGAGGCUGGGUAUCCUGUGAAUCCUUAUCAACCCAACUAUACCAUGAAUCCAGCACAAACAGGCGUUGUUGGCUAUUAUCCUCCUCCUUACGGACCACAGGCUGCGUGGGCUGGUGGCUACGAUCCGCAACAGCAACAGCAGCAGCAGCCGCCACCACAAGGACAAGGACAUCGAUGAAAAAGUCAAGAUUCAAAGUCAAAGUCGCCCAUUUUUCAAGCGACUCUCAUGAAAUUAAAGCAGCCUCCCUUUUGUAUACUCUGAUAGUCUCUGAUAGAUUGUGAACAAAGCCAACAUAUUAAAGUGUUGUUAAGUAAGAAACUUGGAAACCACAGUUUUUUUAAUUUAAAUAAGCCCAUUAACAUCUUCAAUGGACCGAAUAAAGGCCCAUAAGAGAC